AUGAGUGAAGAUGGAGAGCAGCUGUACAGGGCGUGUGAUUCAUCAGAUCCACAAAAGGCGCUGCAGCUGGUGACCAGUUGGGACCAACAACGUAUACGAGAUGCUGCCCAAUACAAAGGUGGUCGGAUGUGCGAUUCGUCGAGUGAUUUGUACAAGGAAACGCGGGCUUUGCUUGCAACAGAUCCAAAGCAACGGCCAAGCCUUUUCAGCGCCCGGAACAUCGCGCAGCAGCCUGCCUUGGCCCAAGUCGGGCCAGCCAUUGAUGUCUUGCGCGAUGCGCCCGAGCUCAUUUCAGAGGUGGGUGAGCUAUUGAAGCAGCUGAACACCGGUGGGCGGGGACCAGCGAAUAUUGCAGUGCAACGGGUAGAUCGCGUGCACAACCCCGUGCUGUGGGAGCGCUACAGCGCCAAGCGACGCGAGAUGUUGCAUCGUAUCAAAAAUCAAGUGCACUAUGAUCAGCUCCAAACGGCCACAUCGGAUGCGCCCUCGGGCUCUCCAGCUCUGCUUCGCGAUGCAUCCUGUCAAGAGCGUCUGUUGCUCCACGGCAUCGCCCCUGACACAAUGUUGCGCGACAAGAUUGUGCGCCUGGGCCUUGACUAUCGCUUUGCCGGCAGCAGCGCUGGCCACCGAUUUGGUCUCGGUGUUUACUUGGCGGACCAUCCCGGCAAGAGUCAUCAGUACGCCGGUGCCGGACCCAACGGCGAACGAAUGCUCGUCAUCACGCGAGCACUCCUGGGCCAUGCCCAUGUCCAUCCAUCGCCUCCUUCUGGGGCGCUGGCACCUCCGCUCCUGCCCAAUGCGCCCAACAACGAGCGGCUGAGCAGCUGGCUGGAGAAGCGGGGCAGGCUGGACACGCCCGACGACUAUGCUGUAUUUCGUCGACAAACGACAACGUACCUGUAUCGGCCAACGCUUGGGGUACGCCGCGACCUUCUGGACGACGGCGGUUGUAAUCCAUCGACUCUUGGCCGAGACGACCAGCGCCCUUGGCAGCCUAUUCCACGAUCAAGCUUGGCACUCUGGAGACACGGCCGAGCAAAUGACCAUGUGCAAACCAAGCUUUGCUUCGAGAGACAACCUGUCAAGAGCACUGGCUGCAUCACGCCCGAGCGAUUCCUGCUGGACAAGAUUGUGCGCUUUGGCCUCAACCAUCGCUUUGCUGGUAGCCGCGCGAGCCACCGGUUUUGA